AUGGACGGUGGAUUCGAGAGGGCGCAUAGGGAAGUCGGUGGAAUCGGGGGGUUAGGCAGUGAUCAUUGCUCGUGGNUGUAUUUUCUUCUGAACUUUGCUCUGAUUUGGCUUCUGAUUCUUAAAAAUCGGAUUUUUGAUGCAGAGCCUAUAAGAUCUCUAUCUGAGAACAAAUCGGAUCCAAUGGUAGAUUGUAGAGAUUUGAAUCCUGAGCCCGUAAAAUCUCCUCAAGAGAAGAAGCUGGUGGUGGCGAUGAAUCAAAGAGCUAUAAAUCCGGAGCCCUCUCCAGAAAAAAAGAAACCGGAGCCCGUUAUAAUUCGCCGAGCAACGAAACCAGUCCCAACGAAAUCACCCCCAGUUGAAUUCUACGAUAACGAAGUGCAUGAGAACAUAGGAGCCAAUGACAACAAAAUGCAAAACAUUGUGGAUUUGGUGAUGUGGAGAGACGUAUCAAAAUCCGCAUUCGUAUUUGGGUUGGGGACAUUUUCGCUCAUCUCCUCUUCUUACGCCAAAGAUCUAAAUUUCUGCUUGAUCUCCUCAAUCUCCUACCUGGGUCUUGUUUACUUGGCUUUAAUGUUCCUUUACAAGUCCAUUCUCCGCAGAGGAGAGGGUGUGGAAUGUGAUGAGGAGAGCUACUGCAUGGUGGGAGAGGAAGAGGCAAUUUGGGUUGUGAGGCUUCUUCUACCUUACAUAAAUGAGCUUCUGCUUAAGCUCAGAGCACUUUUCUCAGGGGACCCUGCAACCACCAUGAAGCUGGCACUGCUGUUGUUUGCUCUGGCCAGGUGUGGGAGCAGUGUCACUGUUUGGACUCUGGCUAAACUAGGGUUCUUCGGAGUCUUCACCGUUCCAAAAGUUUGCUCUUCGUAUUCCAUUCAGUUGGCUCGAUAUGGCAAAUUUUGGCUGGAGAGGGUUAGAGAUGGGUGGGAGUCUUGCACCCACAAGAAGGCGGUCGCGGCCGCGGCCUUCACCCUCAUAUGGAACGUCUCCUCCACCGUCGCGCGUAUCUGGGCCGUGUUCAUGUUAGUCGUUGCAAUUAAACUCUACCAGCAGCGAAUCGCAGACGAAUGGAGUAGCCGCGAAGAAGAGGUUGCAGAAGAGGGAGCAGAGGAUUUCAGAAAGGAGCCCUCCCCUGUUGAUAUGGGGAGAGGAACGAAGAUAAAGAGGAGGCUCUGAUUUGAAACAUGAUGGAAAGGGUAUGAUGACAAUUGACAAAGGGGGGGAAAUGUAUGAUGAAUAAUAAUCCCUGUAAUUCUGCAAUUUCACACUUCUGAUGAACAUUUUGAUGUUUCGUAAUUGCAUCUAUGGCUUUAUUUUAUCUGCAGCAAGAUUAAAGAGAUCAUUCCGCGAGAAAAAGAUCACGCGCGGAGCGCGUGAUUCGCACGGAAACCACAGAUUUUGUUCAGUGAAUAGCACCACGGACGCGACUGUAAUAUUAAAAUGUUCAGACACUAAAAUGUUUAAGCGAAAA